AGACGGUGCCUGGUCCCAUGCAGCCCCGGGGCAGGACUCGACAGAUGCUUCCCCUUCCCGGCCCUGCCCCACAUCCACACCUGCGACCUGUUUCUCACGAACUGCUAAAAAGAAAGCGAGGGAUUGGGGCUUGUCCUGGUGUUCUAGUCACAGCGAUCAACCUGAUGCGCAUGGUUGGGGUUUAUACUGCUUCUCUGGGCUCUCUUGGGCUAAUGAGAUUUUUUGGUGUGCCCUGGUCAUGGAGUCUGGCAGCCACACUGGGCAUUUACAUUGGCAGUGGAGGGUGGAGGUUUCUUCGUAUCAUCUUUAAGACUGCUCUGAGAGAUCUCUUUGGCCUCUCAGUGCUGUUACGAGUCAAAUAUGAGUUGCGAAAGCAUCAACGAGCCAAAACUACUGUUCCAAAGAUCUUCCAGGAUGUUGUCCGCAGGCACCCUGACAAAGUGGCACUGGUCUAUGAAGCCACUGAUGAGAAAUGGACUUUCAAGCGUCUGGAUGAAUAUUCCAAUGCAGUAGCUAACUUCUUCUACCAGCAGGGAUACCAGCUGGGUGACGUGAUUGCCAUCUUCAUGGAGAGCCGUCCUGAGUAUGUGGGCCUCUGGCUGGGGAUGGCAAAAGUUGGCAUUGAGGCAGCCCUUAUCAACUUCAAUUUGCGUCUUGAUUCUCUGGUUUACUGUGUGACAACCUCAGGUGCAAAAGCUGUGAUCUUUGGAGGAGAGCUGUCCGCAGCAAUAUCUGAAGUGAAUGGGAUGCUGGGGAAGAACAUGACAAAGUUCUGCUCUGGAGACUUUAACCCGGACUCUGUCCCCAUGGAGACGAAACAUCUUGAUCAUCUUCUGAGUGCCACAUCAAAAUCUCCUCCCCAUCAAAUCCCAGCCAAAGGUUUAGAUGAUAGACUCUUCUAUAUCUACACCUCUGGCACAACUGGGAUGCCGAAGGCUGCCAUCGUAGUUCAUAGUAGGUACUAUCGUAUAGCUGCUUUUGGGUACUACGCCUACAGAAUGCGUCCCGAGGACAUCGUGUACAACUGCCUGCCCCUCUACCAUUCAGCAGGUAACAUCAUGGGAGUCGGCCAGUGUCUUAUCCAUGGUCUCACUGUGGUGAUCAGGAAGAAGUUCUCAGCAAGUCGCUUUUGGGAUGAUUGCACAAAAUACAAAUGCACAAUUAUUCAGUAUAUUGGGGAGAUCUGCAGGUAUCUUCUUAAUCAGCCAGCACGGGAGGCAGAAACGCAGCAUCAGGUGCGGCUGGCCGUGGGAAAUGGCUUGAGACCCACCAUAUGGGAAGACUUCACAAAGCGUUUUCGAAUUAAGCAGAUUGGGGAGUUCUAUGGAGCCACAGAGUGUAACUGCAGCAUUGCUAACCUGGAUGGAAAGGUUGGCGCUUGUGGCUUCAACAGUCGGAUUUUGCCCAAUGUUUAUCCCAUUCGCUUGGUGAAGGUAAAUGAGGACACUAUGGAGCUUAUCCGUGGCUCCAGUGGGCUCUGCAUCCCCUGCCGCCCAGGAGAGCCAGGCCUCCUUGUGGGUCGAAUAAACCAACAGGACCCCUUACGACGGUUUGAUGGCUAUGUCAGUGAGAGUGCCACCAAUAAGAAGAUAGCAUUCAACGUGUUCCAAAAAGGGGACCGAGCAUACCUUUCAGGAGAUGUGUUAGUGAUGGAUGAACUUGGGUACAUGUACUUCAAAGAUCGGAGUGGGGACACAUUCCGAUGGCGAGGUGAAAAUGUCUCCACCACAGAAGUAGAAGGAAUUCUGAGUCACAUCCUCAACCAGACAGAUGUUGCAGUAUAUGGAGUGGAGGUACCAGGGGUUGAAGGGAAAGCUGGAAUGGCAGCUAUAGCUGAUCCUAAAUCUAAACUGAAUCCUAAUGCUUUGUAUCAGGAGUUGCAGAAGGUGCUGCCUCCCUAUGCACGACCCAUCUUUCUCCGACUCCUGCCCCAGGUUGACACCACAGGCACAUUUAAGAUCCAGAAAACUCGUUUACAGAGGGAAGGAUUUGACCCCCAUCAAACAUCAGAUCGGUUGUACUUUCUGGAUCUAAAGCUGGGAAAAUAUGUUCUGCUGGAUGAAUGUUUCUAUGAGAGGAUCCUUGGUGGAAAGGUCACUCUGUGAUGGGAUCUGCCUUAACAAAAAACAAAACACUACUGACUAGUAUAAGAAGGGGGCCUCACCUGUGGAAGCGAUGGACUACUAGAUAAGCGGUGCAAAACUCUUGCACAGUGCAUUGGCUGCAGGAGGCAAAUUCACUGCCUUGUGGGAUGUUGCCCCUGCAUAAAGCACAUUCACCUGUGACCUACUCCCAUCCUGAGCACAGACAUCUUAUUUUUCUGCAGUUCAGCACCUAGAGAGAUUUUUCUUUUCUUGUAACCACUACAAACCUGAGUGACUGCAACAUGGGACAAAUUUAUGGUCUAAUUUAUUGCAAUGUCUGAAAGAUAUCACUGAACAGAGAUGAAUGUGUCCUAAGUAGGUUUCCUCCCAGCAACAUCUCUUAACUUUGCUUUGGUAUUUAGAGGGCUUUUCAUGUUUACAUAAGGUAGAAUCCUUAAUUGUCCCAGCUAACACAUCAUUGUUUUAACAACACGUCUAAAAUUUACUGUACUAAAGUAUAUCAUUCACUUACCUAUGCUGGAAAUUGAUCAGAUUAGUGUUUGCUAGAGUUCAGUAUCUGUGGAUCUUUACAAACGUUGGUUGGCAGUGUAAGCUUUUUUAUUUUUUUUAACUUUAUUUAGUGAAGAAAGUAUAUGGGGUGGAAAAUGGCUAAAUGUCAAAGCUAGGGCGAGAAUGCUGCACUUGGCUGUCUGUAGAGCCAUAAUGUGAUCAAUCUGUGGACCAGGCAGGGAAGUGAGGGGGAAAUGGGAGGUCACAUUAAGUCUUGUUAAUGUUACCUUAUGUCAUGCUGCUGUAUAUCCUUUUAACUGAUUUUGUUUGCUUUGGUAGUUUCAAACUUUAACCUAUGCUGCCAUCUAUGGGAAGUGUGUGGCAACUGCUGAACACCAGUUCUAGCCACAAGAGCUUGCAGAUGUUUAACCCACUCUCCCCCUCCAGCAAACACAUGGUACUUGAAACUCGGAGUGCUCAGCGCAUGCCUAGAAGAGGGUUUCUAACUGUGCUUGUGUUGCUGGUGCUCUUGCCAACACUAGAACUAAAUCUCCUAAAAACUGAAGGCAUUGGCAUUCACAGGUGUAGAUGGAGACCGGCUCCCCACCUGUACUACAAAUAAUGGAUAAUUUCCUUAUUUGAGCAGUCCUCCAAGGUGACUACUGUCCUGUUCAGCAGCUACCCUUUGUCUACUCAUCUGUGUAAUGCCUUAAGGAAUUUGAAUGAUCUAACACUUGUGCAACCCAUGUUUUGUUCUGUUGCACUCGAUUACUCUAGUAAUGUUGUGCUCACAUAAGGAGUAACAGCAGGAUUUUGCCUGAAGAAUCAGUUUUUUCUGACAGUAUUUCAUGUGUACAAUUUUUAAGAAGAGUUUUGGAAACAGUUUGAGCCACGUUUUAAUAUGUGUCCACACUGGAAAUUGGACCUCUUGGCAGUGGCUUAAGUGAUUUUUACCUAAAUCGUGCCUUUUAUGGGGAAAGAUGCUCUCCACGAUUAUUAAUGCUGAUAACGGACCUAGUUGUGUUAACUGGAACUGUGUCCCUAUGUAAAGCAAGGGGUGGGGGCCUGCAGCCUAGGCCCGGAGCUCCUGCCAGGUCUCAGGGGCACAGACCGUAUCGAGUUACACCUACUAAAGUGUCUUGUGAUCUAAACAUCCCGUCCAGACUAAUUAAACUUUUUAAACU